CGUCCUCUCCGCAGCUCCCAUUGGCUCUCACAGCUCCAGCCGUUUGGUCCUCAGCAGGACGGGGCGUCUACUCCAGAUUUAAUAUUAUUAUUAUUAUUAUUGACACAACAGCUUUGGUCAAACUACAGUUUCUACAUUUCGGACCCAAAGGGACAUUGGGUUAAUUCCUCAGUCUGAUCACUUACACGUGGAACAUAAAAGAAGAAGAAGGUGGAGGACCGAUAAAGCCGUCAUAUCCGGUCUGAAUGUGACCACCGAGGCUCCAGCUGUCCGGCUGUAGGUGGAGAGGGAGGAGCUGCUUCUCCACUGUGUGUCCCGCAGAGAGGGGAGACAGACAGACUAAAAGACGGGGCAGACAGACAGACGGGCAGGUACCUGUCUCCGGGGUCCAGAUGGGGAACAGCGCGCUGAAGUCUCACCUGGAGACCUCCCAGAAGACGGGAGUGUUCCAGCUGACGUCGAAGGGCCUGCAGGAGUUCCCAGAGGAGCUGCAGAAACUCGCCGCCAACCUGCGGACCGUCGACCUGUCAGCCAACAAGAUCGAGGUUCUUCCCGCCGCCGUGGGGAACUUCCUGCAGCUCAAAAGUCUGACGCUGAACGCCAAUCGGCUUGCCGAACUCCCCGCUGAGAUCGGGAAGCUGAAGAAGCUGGAGACUCUGAGUCUCAACGGCAACCGGAUCCAGCAGCUUCCCCCGACCCUGGGUCAGCUCAGAGCCCUGCGGACCCUCAACCUGUCAGGGAACCAGAUCUCAGAGUUCCCCCCCGGUUUGGGGACCCUGAGGCACCUGGACCUGCUGGACCUGUCCCGCAACAAGAUCCGGAGCGUCCCGGCCGCCGUGUCCGAGCUGCAGACCAUCGAGCUGAACCUCAACCAGAACCAGAUCUCGGUGCUGUCGGGGGACGUUUCCCUGUGUCCUCGUCUUAAGGUCCUCCGUCUGGAGGAGAACUGCCUGGAGUUGUCCUCCAUCCCUCAGUCCGUCCUGGGGGGCUCUCAGGUGUCCCUGUUCUCUGUGGAGGGGAACUUGUUUGAGGUGAAGGACCUCAGAGACCUGGAGGGAUACGAGAAGUACAUGGAGCGUUUCACGGCCACCAAGAAGAAGUUCACCUGAAGACCUCUGUUUGCGACGCUGCCAGUGUUCCUCCAGCGAUGCGUUCAGUCAUUAACGUUCACUAACAUUAUAUAUAACAUUAUAAUUACUUUUCUUACCGUAAUAUUUAAUGCACAUAACUUCUUCUUGUGAAUCUGUUUAAAUGCAUAUGUCUCCUGUUAUGAAGCAGAAGAUGUUUUAUUUUAUUCGGCAAUGCUCAACAUGACAAGCAGAUCAGUUACAGAUUAUGAAAACAAUAAAGUAAUCAUUUACUGAAUUAUCUCAUGUGAGAUGAAUACACGAUGGAAUUAAUCCUGGAUAUGUCGCUGAAAUAGAAGAUGUGAGUUUGUAUAAUAGAAUUUCAUUGUUUAUUUAAUUAAUAAAUGCUAUGAAAUCAAUAAAAACGUUACUUCAUACUUGAUUAAUUGAAAUAAAAACGUGUUAAUGAAUCCAAAUA